GAAUAAAGAGUGAAAAUGAAGAACAGAUACAUGUUUAAAUACAAGUCAAUUUCUAACUUUGACAGGUUCAAAAAUGCUCCAUUUGCCUGCUAUGAAGAAAUACAGUCUCAAACAGAUAGUUUUGGGAACUGCGGUAAAGACAGGAACAAAUAUACACCCUGCGGAUGGAGGAAUCUUAUAUGUGGACGAUUAAUUUGUACCUACCCUUCUCGAACUCCUUUCUAUCAAGCAAAUGGUGCUGUGAUUUAUGCUUACGUACGAGAUAAUAUAUGUGUGACGAUAGACUACAAAUUGGCUGGUUCAGCGCCAGAUCUACUGGAGGUCAAAAACGGCUCUGAAUGUGAUACAGGGAGGAUUUGUAUAAAUCGUUUAUGUGUAGAAUCAAGAACACUUAAAAGUCAAUCAUAUACUUGUCGACAACAGUGCCAUGGAAAUGGAGUGUGCAAUUCCAAAGGGGCAUGCCCUUGUGCUCAAGGGUUCCUACCUCCAAAUUGCCAACGGCGUGCCAGAGGAUUACGUUUAUUGCCUGAGGAAAAGGGUCAAGAUUAGAAGGUAGCACUCACACAUAUGCCAGCAAAUCAGAAAGCAGCAGCCAUGCUGUUACCAGCAAAUCCACGUCAGAAGAUAGUACUCAAGCAGAAACCAGCAGGGAGUUGUGAUGCAGUGUUCCAGUCAUACAGGUCUCCCAACGUUGUACUCAUCUAGGAUCUGAACUUGCUUUAGGGUAAUGGACAUGCCUCUUUUGUUUCUCAGUUUAUAGUGUCAUUCUGCAGCAUAAAUGCUCAAUAGACAUUUGUUUAUUGAAUGAGUUAUUACUCUUGAAUUUCACAUAACCAUAUUAAUUAGUGUUAAGUACUCCAAUUGUAACAGAUUGUCUCUAAUCUUAGAAUAUGGCAUUCAAAUAUCAUCAUCAUCAUCUAGAAGACAUCAACUAUAGGACAAUAUAAGCAUCAUUUGGAGAAUAUAAUUUAGACUAUUAAUUCAUUAGUCUAGCUUUGUUUAUAGAAUACAGAAAAGCAUUCUUUUAUUUUUCAUUUAAAU